AGGUGAGCACCACUCUGGCGCUCAUCCACUCAUCGCGGCUGCCGCCUCGGCUCGUCUCCGAAAGAAGCGCGGACACUGCUCGAGACAGUCACCCAUUGCAUGCAAAACAAUUUAUAUAUACCGGUGCCUCCUGGGUCUGUGCCUCCCCUACCCGACACCUAUAGCUGCUUCGUUUUCACCCGCUCUUGCAGGGGCUUUUUACGCGCCGUUGGAUGGUUCGGCUCCCCUCGUCUGUGGCGCUGUACCACCUGCACCGUGUCAGACCGGCGCUCCUGCUUUAAGGCUGCUGCAUCGCUCUACAUUCCUGAGGACUGGACCUCACUUCAUCCGAAAGGUGCAGCAGGAUGCAGGGAGCACUGCCUGUGUGUGGACUGCAGCCCCUGCUGGCCCUCCUUCUGCUUCAAACUGCGGGCUGCGGCAUAACCAACGCCGACACUGUGGUGAAUAUGCGGAAGGUGACCCAUCAGACCAUUAGCGAGGAGCUGUCCAAAACCGUUCUCCUCCCCUGCCUCUUCACCCUCCGCCCCAGUGCCAGCUCAUCUCAUGAGCCCCCCAGGAUCAAGUGGACCAAGGUUUGGGGCCAGAGAGGCUCCGAUGGCCUGCAGAAGGAACAGUCGGUCCUGGUGGCCAAAGACAACGUGGUCAAGGUGAAGAAGGCUUUCCAGGGUCGUGUCACGCUGCCUGGUUACAGUGAGAACCGCUACAACGCCAGUCUUGCUCUGUCAGGGCUACGGUCCAGCGACUCUGGUCUGUACCGCUGUGAGGUCGUGGUGGGCAUCAGUGACGAGCAGGACACAGUUCCCCUGGAGGUCACAGGUGUGGUAUUUCACUACCGAGCCCCUCACGACCGAUACGCCCUGUCCUUCGCUGACGCCAAGAGAGUGUGUGUGGAGAACUCAGCAGUCAUCGCAUCGCCCGGCCAGCUGCAGGCGACCUUCGCUGAUGGAUAUGACAACUGUGAUGCCGGCUGGCUGUCUGACCAGACUGUACGGUAUCCCAUCCAGUCGCCUCGGCCCGGUUGCUAUGGCGAUCGUGAGGACUCACCUGGAGUCCGUAACUACGGCGAUAGGUCCCCUGAUGAGCUGUUUGAUGUCUACUGCUUCGCUAAGCAGCUUCAAGGUGAAGUCUUCCACUCCACAGUGCCAGAUAAGUUGAGCCUGGCCACAGCCUCCACCCACUGCCACGCCCUUGGAGCCCAGCUAGCCACUGUCGGGCAGCUCUACCUCGCCUGGCAGGCCGGCCUGGACCAGUGUGACCCUGGCUGGCUUGCAGACGGCAGCGCCCGCUACCCUAUCAACGUCCCGCGGAAGAACUGCGGCGGAGACGAGCCCGGGGUGCGGACUGUCUACAACAACCCCAACCGCACUGGCUUCCCCGACACCACGGCCCUGUACGACGCCUUCUGCUACCGAGCCCACCAGCCAGCGGGGGUCCAGGCUGCAGAGGCACAGGCUUUUUACCAGGCCCCAAACCCAGCAGCAGAGGCCAUCCCUUCUGUCACCGAAGCCCAGCGUAGUAGUGCCCCUUUCCCCAAAACUUCUACCUGGACUGGCUUGGUUGACUUGGAGAGCACAGGAGUCCACUCUAUUGCUGGGAUCAACAGCUCUGCUGAGAUCUCCGAAGAGCAUGUCGUCAUCCACUUAAGGCCAGAGGAGGGCUGGGGUGAAAAACAGGAUGGACCCAUAACCAGCCAACCCAGCCUGGAGGAGUCUGACGCCCCAAAGAGUAGCAACGCCAUGGGCCUUUCUGACCUCGAGACCCUGGAGAGCCAUGGAGGCUCUGCUCACGAAGAACAAGACGCUGGCUAUUUUGGAUCAUCUGACACCCCAACACCAUCCUCCAUGGCUUCCUCCACUCCUCAGCCUCAGACUAGUAACAGUGUGUUGGCUGAGUUUGUUCACACUCUGAUGAGGCCCUUCAGGUACUGGAGAGGAGGAGAGGAGGUAGAGGAGACAGAAAAGAGGCUUUCAGAGCUCGAGGAAAAAGCAGGAGAGAACCAGACGCAGGGAGAGGCAUCCAGCAGAAAUCUGAGUGUACCAAAACCAAGUGGAAACAAGGGAAGCAUGGACAAUGCCAUUAUGGAGCACAGGAGUGGUGGUUUCUCCUUCAGGACUCCUAGCAGUGGACUACAGAAUCCACAGGAAGGGCUGUCUGAGCAGGAGAAAGAGGUGAUGCCGCUGGUUCGAUUAGUGCCUGCAGUCAAAAGCACAAGGCAAAACGAUACCACGACUCCGCCGGGAGAACAAGCCUCCAGCACUACUGCAGCAAACCCUCCAUCCAGCAGUAACGAAUUCACUGCAUCAGGACCCAAAGAGAGAUCACCACCCAGUGAACAUGUCAACAUACCUGGCCCUCAGGGUCCCAGAGGAGGCCCAGCCUCUCCUCCCGCCCCCAGCAGCCACUUUCGAUGGGCCAUCAAAUCAAUGCGUGGCUCCAAACUUGGCCCCCCUGGAAAUGUGGCCUAUGUGGGCAAACGUCCCACGUGGGAGCCUAUGGAGGCCAAAGCAGGGCCACUUGAGGUGAUGACCCUGCCCACUUCCCUUCGACAGGACAACCCAGAAAACUAUUCAGGCCAGGGAAAGGACCAGGAUGGAGAGGAUCCGAGCACUCCAUCAGCUGCCAGAACUGCAUCAGGAGAGGAGAAGGAGAUCGAGGGGAGCAGUGAAGGGAGCAACUUUCCUGGUGGGUUUGGAUUGACAGGCAACAACUUGGACAGCGGUGGUGUCAAACUGAGUUCUGAAAAAAAGUCCUCACUCAGCCAAGGCCAGACUGAGGUUGUGACUGUGGCAGAGCACACCACUCUGUCCCAGUGGCAGCCGGUGCAGCAGCCCACCACCCCACCUCAGGGCCCCCAGGAGUCUGACACAGCAGAGGAGGCCAGGGGGGAGGUCCUCUACAUCCGCCGACCCACUGAUACCAUCUCCUCUGCUUCUUCAUGGAGGGGAGAAAGUAGUUCAAAUUCAGGUUUCACUCCUCUUUUUAGGAAGAACAGCAAAAACAAUAGCAGAAAGGAGGUGGUGACUUCCACGCCUGAAGCCCUAAUGGAGGUGCUGACAACCACUGAGGUGACCACAGUGGAGCUUCUGACUACUAGAGACACGCAGAGGACGGAUCCUAUCACCAGAGCAAUCACCACAGAAAAUUCCUCAGAGAGCGCCACCUUAGAGGAGUCGUCUAUUUCCAUUUCUUGGGUUCGGGAAGAGACGGAGAAAACAACCCCCAACCCACAGGACCGUCUCUCAGCUACUCUAGCACCCGGAUCUCAAACGACUACUGGUGUCAUUCAGUUGACCACCUUCGCGUCAGACUCCAACGUUGGCGCCACACAAAUGGAAUCCAGGUCGGCAGUGUCUGAGUCCUUCAUUGUUGGGAGUCGGUGGACACCUUUCAAAGGCAUGAGCCCAAAGUCGGAGGAACACAAAGCUCCGGUGUCGACAGGCAACAAAGACAAAGACACAAACAACCCUUUCGGCAUCCUUGUACCCAACUGGGCCUUUGGGCUAAUCCCAUCAGUGGAGAACAACCCAUGCCAGACCAACCCCUGUCUCCACGGAGGGAGCUGCCUGCAGGAAGGUGAUGGCUAUAGCUGCUACUGUCCUCAGGGCUUCUCAGGAGAGAGCUGCGAGAUCGACAUUGAUGACUGCCAGUCUAAUCCAUGCCAGAACGGAGGAACCUGCAUCGAUGAGAUCAACUCCUUUGUGUGUCUUUGUCUGCCCAGCUACGGGGGAGCUACUUGCGAGAAAGACACUGAGGGCUGCGAGCACACGUGGAGGAAGUUCCACGGCCACUGCUACAGGUACUUCACCCGGAGACACACCUGGGAAGACGCCGAGAAAGACUGCAGGGAGCACAGCGGCCACCUGGCCAGUAUCCACAGUCUGGCCGAGCAGAACUUCAUCAGAGGUCUCAGCCAUGACAACACCUGGAUCGGGUUAAACGAUCGUACAGUGGAGGACGACUUUCAGUGGACCGACAAGAUGGACCUGCAAUAUGAGAACUGGCGUGAAAACCAGCCCGACAACUUCUUUGCUGGAGGAGAAGACUGCGUGGUGAUGAUUGCUCAUGAGAAUGGCAAAUGGAACGACGUGCCCUGCAACUACAAUCUGCCUUACGUCUGCAAGAAGGGAACAGUGCUUUGCGGAGCCCCACCCACUGUGGAGAAUGCCUUCCUGAUUGGUCGGAAGCGCUCCCACUAUGAUAUCCACUCUGUAGCGCGCUACCAGUGCACCGAAGGCUUCCUGCAGCGCCACGUGCCCACUGCUAAGUGUCGUGCCAACGGCAAGUGGGACCGGCCUAAAAUCAUCUGCAUAAAAUCCCGACGAGCCCACCGCUACCGGCGCCACCACCACAAGGGCAGGAGGGAGCGCAGGAAGCACAAGAGGCACGGCCACAGAGAGGGAGGCCACCACGGAGGAGAGCUGGGCCACAACCGCGCCCACGUCUGAACCAAAAAAAAAAACCCACCCACCCCCUUUCCUUUUUCUCCUCUGCUGCCAGCUGCGGUUUGCCUGUCUCCCUGUCGUCCCUUCCUCUCCUCGCCCCAUUUCCCCAAACACUCUUUCACACCUUCCAGCUCAAAACUCUCAGCCCAAGCCCCCCCUCCCCUCCCUGCACUGCACUGCCCUGCCCUUUGCUCCACCCCUGGCUCUCCGAGUCAGCCUGUAUCAUAGUCAACUCUGAGGCCUGCCAAAGUGCUGCCAGGCGUCACCGGGACAACAACAAAUCCCUUUGUACUCUUUUUACUUUCCUCUCUCUGUUUUCCUUUCUCGUCUGUCUCUCACCGACCCUCUAACUCGACCCAGUUACUCCCCUCCGAGCUCAACGAUGACCUGAAACAUGGGGCUACGCUGACCUGUUUUUGAAAAAAAAAAAAAAAAAAUUACCUUUGAGAUCCACACCGAACAUUCUUCGGGGAGAAGUGGUUUAGUACAAACUAUAAAUAGGAACGACAUCACUGAAAAUGCCGUAACAAAAUCAGACGAGUCAAGGAAGACAUCCGUGUUGUUGACUUUGAGCCUUUUGUCUGUUGAACACACAUUAUUUUCUACAAGUGUUAAUUUCUUGACUCCGCUGCUUUUGGUUUUGCUCUUUGUAAGACAUUGUACUUGACUUAAAGCGAGUUAUUCUGAAACAGAUUUAAGUGAUUUUCUUUGAAUCAGAGGCAGUUGUAAUUGAAUUAUUUGAUUGUUAGCGUUGUAUCUUCUUGUCAGUGUGAGACAGUUACUUUAGAUCAGAUGCUAAAAAUCCCCGGAGGAAAAUGGAAAAACGCAUCUCAAUUCAGUUUCAUCGCAUCUUAUUCCACAUCAGUCAUUUCUCUGAAGUGUCGGAACAAUCUCAGCCCGCUCUUGUUGUGUCAGACAUCCAUCCCUGUCAUUCUCAAGGGUUAAUCACAAUCUUUGAUGUCAGUUUGUCUCAGCUCAGCUCAGCAAUCCCACGAUCUGUUUUGCCUUUUCUCAUAAUUUGCGUCGCUGUGAGAAUGGGUGUGCUGUGAAUUAAUGAAGGUGAUGCAGCAGGGCCAAGUUCUUCUCACUCAUCAGCAGAGUUUUGCAUCUUUGGUUUGAUGAGGAGAAAUUACACUGUCACCCAGGCGUGAGAGAUACAGAGAGAGACGGAGCAGGUUAUCUAUCCAGUAGCCCCCUCAUAUUUCACAACAAGCACAAGAUAUGACAAGUUCAUGCGCAGAGUUUGGGUACACAAAAAACACAUAUGUCUUUUUUUUAUUUUAUUUAAUAUUUCACUUUCAGCCUUUUAAAACUUUCUUAAAGUUGGUUCUGCGUUGGUGGUGAGAUAAUCCGUUCCCAAUCUGUCUCUGUCAACAGUCAUUUAUCUUCACCAUGAAGUCAGUCUGUCAGAAACCAAGAAGUUCUGUUUGUUUAAAUUGGGGCUGUCAAAAGAUUACAUUUUUUAAUCACGUCUAAUCGCUGGAUUUCAAUACUUAAUCGCAAUUAAUCACACUUGUUUAAUCACAGGUUUAAUAAAAUUCCAUAAUUUUGCAUGUCAAAACAGUUUUGAGGUCCAUAUUAAGAAGGUGAGGCAAUUCUUACCACAGUGUUUUGGUUGGGAAUCAAAUGAAUGCAAAGAAAUUUACUUUAUGAGCCUAACUUUAAAAUGUGUUUCUUUCAAAUCAGUGCUGCACUGCACCAACAAUGAAAGAGACAAAAUUGCAGCAUACAGUUAACCCUCUGAGACCCACAUACUGUAGACCCAUUUUUGCGUUUUGUUGGCAGGGGGCAAGGGAGCUUUUUGGGGGGAGAUAGCAGGUCAGCAGUAUAUGCCACACAGUAGUGAUAUAUAUCACCUGAAAGCUGGAAACCUGAAGAGCAAUUUGAGAUGCAGCUCAGCACUGUGUGUCAAGUUUUUCUACUCAUAAAUUUGUAAUAAACACUGCAAAAAAAGUGCAUAGUUUGUGCCCAAAACUGUGUGGGACUGGCAUAAAGUGGACAUGUCUAUAAACAGGAGACUUGUGGGACCCACAGAGUCGAUUGUCAUUCAGAUACCUUGAGGUGGGAGGUCAAGGAACCUCUGUGAAAACAGCCAUGCUGUUUUUCCCUCACCAAAAUUUGCCUAACUUUGGAGCGUUAUUUAGCCCCCUUCCUUAGAAGUUAGCUUGGUACCACUGGAUUCCUAUGAUACCUGUAUAAGCCCCAGUAUCAGGCGUCUAUAGCUUCUGAAAGACAGGCAGCGGCGAAAAUAGCAGCACGCGAUUAACAGGAUUUUAAGAAAUUAAUACCUUAUGUUUGGACCUCCUAAUCAAAUCGCGAUAAUGUAUUUGCAAUGACCACAAUCUUUCCUUCCUCUUUGUCUUCAUCGCACUGAUCGGGGCAGCAGGUCAGAAAACAUCCAGAUUGGUCAUUUGAGAUUGCACUGACAGAUUACACCAAAUGGUCGAUUACUUUUCACUCUCACUGAUUUUAAGACUCAAAGCUACAGUAGGUAACUUUUAUAAAAAAAAUAACUUUGUGCCAUAUUUGCUGAAACUGUCGAUACAUCCUGACGGUAGUGCAUGACACAGGUAAUCUGUGAAAAAAUCACUUCUAGUGCUCCUAAUGGCAUUUGCAAGAAUACUCUGCACCUGAAUAAAAACCAUCAAUCAAAGCCAGGAGGAGUCUGUAACGCAGUGUCAGUCAAUGCUCAUGCACACACUGUGCUGCCAACAACAGCGUCCACAGCAAAUACAAGGAAAUAGAAGACGAGCAAUGACCUUCUUCUGUGAAAGUGAAAGCAAGCUUUUCGUCACAGGUCCUCCUUUGUGUACUUGUCCGCUGUUGUUGGCAAAGGAGGGAUGGGGCAGUUUCUUUAAUGCUGGUGGUUGUUUCUGAGGCAUUGUGUUAGCAAAGCUCCUCCAGAAGCCGACUGAAGAUAUAAAGCUUAAAUGAGUGAGAGCAUGCGUGGGGAGGAGGAGGCUGGCGCAGCGUGUGCACGAGCACUGAUUAACACUGAGUUGGAGACUCCUGCUAACUCUGAAUGUUUGAGUGUUCAGGUGCAGUGGAUUCUUGCAAAAGUUAUUUUUUUAUAUAUAUAAAAGCUACCCACUGAACCUUUUAACCUGCAGUCAAGAACUUUUAUCCUUCUUCCACACUCGUGUCCUGGCUUGGUUUGGCUUGGUUUGAAUUGGCCCGUCAUCCUAGUGCAGCAGGGAUUCGCUUCUCCAUUACAGCGGGGCAGGUAAAAGUUUACCUGAUGUAGAUGAACUGUUUGCAGAGGUGCAGUAAGAGCCUGUUUAGAGCUCUUCAUCGACAUCUCUCUGUGACAGUUUCUGCUUAUACUCUUCCUCCUUGCGCUAGUAGCUUUGUUUUUAUGAAAGAAAAGCCGCCAAGAAAUGACUAAUCCUGUGAUAAAAAAAUUUCAUUUCCUUUAGAUUCUUCACAAUAAAAGUCCCGUUAUUUUGGUAUGUAGACGCUUUUAUUGUGAAGCAGCAACCACAGAGAUUCAGUUAUAAGUUACAAAAGUACUGAGAGCUGAACUCACAGAGACUUCUAAAAACAUCUGUCUCUUUGGUGUCCAGCACAGACAGAUGUGAGUUGAGUCUCACACACAGGGGUUGUCAGUUUGGCUGCAGUGGGCAAGACGUUACCGCUCCCCGCUUGUAGACAGUCAGGCACGCAGUCGGCCCCUCUCUGGAGAAGGAGCAGGAAGGUCCAGCUCCAGUGCAGCUCGGCGUGGUAUGGCGUGUUAAAACUGACAAAGGAAAAGCAAAUCAGUGCCACGUGGUUUGACUCAGUGCCUCCAAAAUUUGGUAACACAGCAGAUAUUGAGCAACAUUGGCAUUCACUGAGUGUCAUGUGUCGGACACCUAACAAAUGUAAGACAGAUGAAAGAGGCUAAAACACAGCAUCAAGCUGAGGGAACUACAGCGUUGUGUUCUCAGUGGGCUUGUCUCUACAAGCAUCGCCUACAAAUUGUUAUCUGAUCGAUUGUUAAUCUAACGAAAUCUACAGCUCUCUGCGGAUAAAACCAGCCCUCCAAACCAGGAUGAGUUGGGGAACAGGCAUGAGGACUAAAGCCUAAUUCUGAUGACUGUUGGAUCAUGAAUCAAAGCUGUGUGCACAGGGUGUGAUGAUGAAUAUCCUGCGAGGCAGAAGACACGGAGAUGCUGAGAACUCUCUCAUCUCAGUGUGCGUGUGUGUUUGUGUGUUGAUGAUUGAGGAUGUUGACAGUGGCUGCGGUCCCAGAGGAUGAUGAUAGAGAGGGUCAGCAGAGAUUAAGGCUUCCCAUUUCUGGGGCAGACUCGAGUCUCAGAGCCGCUCACACCUGUGCUCGCUUCUGCCGCGUGUCCUGCUUUAAAGAGAGGAUUGAGACGGAUAGAACAAGCGCUUUGCUCUCUUUCCUCCCCUUUUACUGCCGGGUUAAAUUGGUGUUGUUUAAAGCCAGCACUUGAGGUUGGAGCUUCUGGGAUUAUGUCCCAAACACUGACUCCAGCACUUUUAUCCUUUAUGUUUCUCCCUCUUGUUCUUCCCUUUUCCCUUCACCGCCUUUCACUUUAGUGCUUUUCAUUUAUCUUCCUCACUCCACAUUCUUUUCACUGUCACUGUCUAUUUACAAUAGAAAAGUGGUGGAGGACCUAAAUUCAGUUUAACCAGCUCUUUAUUGGCGAAAGAGGACCGUCGGUGUCUUCAGCCGCCUCUCACGUAUCUUGUAAAAAGACCACUAAAGCAGGAUCAGGUUAUAUAAAGUCACAGGAGGUAAGAAAAUCCAUCCUGUGCACAUUAAUUCUCUGCCUUUGUUUGUCUCCUCUCACCUUGGCAAUGACAACACUCCUCCGCACGGCGAAGACAAGUGAACCUACACCUUUGUAUCAGUUUAAUUAAUCUACUGCAUGCCUAAUUAACAAGUUGCAUUAUCUGCAGAACGGCGAAGCUGUGAUGACAAGGGAGGGGUUAGGCUGACGGACAGCCAGUGGAGGGUUUAGGGUGACGGGCAGGAGACCCAGAGAACUGUCACAGCCGUCAAACCCCUGUCGUUUCUUCGAUGUCAGGCUGCAACACGGCUUUUUUUUUUCUGUCUGUCCGGGAAAAUGGAUUGAGCACGGGUGGUUGAAUGAAAGGGCAGACAGAAGCCCCUCGCACUGUAAUUCAGAUCAGAGUUGAUGCCCAGUGACAGUGUAAUUACAGCUGUGUAAAGGCUCAGCUAUGUGACAGGAGUUAAAAACUUUUGAAGAAGUGAUGAAGUGAGCAACUGAAUUUUUGGGCGCGCAGAGCAGAGAGCACGAGGAGACAGGAUUGGACAAAAUUAGAUUAAUUAAGACGAGUUAAAAUGCAUACUAACGCUUCAGUUUGUGUUGAGGUUUAAAAAAGUAAUCUGAUGUUUAAUCCCCUGUUCUGUGUUUCCUUAUCCCCUUUUCCUCACCCCUGCGGAGAUCUUUAGGCCUAUCACAAAAACACCAUAGAUCCAUAUUAAACUUACUUUCUUUGUCAGUUUGAAUUAAAUAUCAAAGGUAAACCGCAGCGAACAGCUUGAGAGAAACCCACUGUGUCACACACCAGCACCAUCAUCCAACUUCUGGGAGGGGAUUACCACAGUCGGGCCCAUCUCAGCCACUUGCCCGUUAACAUUACUCUCCUGAUAGCCACAGACAGACAGUCGUUAAGAGAAGUCAUUAAGGAAACACAGCCUCAGAAAAAUACUUAGGAACACAGCCUCUGAUUGGUACGACAAAGGCAUCACUGAGCUUAGAGAGAAGCUGCUGGUCCUGUUUGCCCUGGAUCCUCCAUCAGCUCCAUCUUCACUAUCACACCCAUAAGAUACAAGUGAGAAAGUAAUUCCAGAGAUAUUUAAUGUAACUUUAAAGGCAGAAUUAUACCUGUGCAUCAGCAUUUAUACUUGUAUGGUGGUGUGUCUGUGUCACUCUGCAGUUACACCUCCUAAACACUAGCUGGCGGCUGGGUUUCUGUGAAGUGCUGUAAAGUUUGGUUGAUUAAAAACACACAUUAAACACACAUUAAACAUGGCUUAAUAGAGACAAUUUCAAACACAAGUACACAAAUCAGCUUCACUAUAACUUGCAGGAUUCACAGACAAACACUUGUCUUUAUCUGGACACAUUUUCCCCACAAAUACAACAUGCUAAUGUUUUUAGCACAAGCCUAUGGCAUUUUACAUUGUAUAAAUUAGCCUAGUUGCUAGCAGACUUUUCCUCUUCUCAUAUGAAACCAGGGGCAACAGCAAUAUUUAACAGAGGUAACGUUACAAAAUUCAGCUCCAUUACAACUCACAAGGUUCACUGACAAAACAACUGUCUUAUACUAAACACAUUUUCCAAACAAAUAUAACAUGCUAACGUUAUUAGCACAAGCCAAUGGUAUUUUACAUUGUAUAAAUUAGCCUAGGGAUUUCCUCUACUUAUAUGAAGUAAGGAUAAAUCAUGUAUAAGACUUAACAUGCUAUUUUGUGGAGGCUUUAUUGUCUUCACUGUUUAUUGUUUCUCAUCAGUGAUAAAGUAAAUAAAAGCUUUGUUUCAUGGUUUUUAGCUUACAAAAAUAAACAGGAGGUCUGCGUCACUGUGAGGUGUACUUACAUUUCUGUGGAGGUGUAGUAUAGGCUAUGGCGUCGACGGAGUAGCCCACGCAGAAGUAUAAAUCCCGCUUAAGUCCUGUACGACAUCAGUAACCCGAGAGUUAACCUCUAUAGUAUCCAGUAUUUCAGAGUUUUCCAUUCAGUUCUGUUUAAUGCUCGGUGGUGAGACCGAAGCACACAAGCAGCUCAGCUGGAGAAGCUCCACUUCAGAGAUCCAUUACACAGUUUAUUUUCAGAUGACCUUACAUUAGACAUCACAUUUAUUUCUCACUUGCCCUAUUGGACAACUGCAUGAGGCGUUACACUCCCCUGAACACAGAGUUUCACCUCUAUUAUUUCACAUUUUGCAUUUUUUCGUAAAAUAUAAAAGGUUAGUAGCGGUUAAAGGGUGUCGGGCCGUCGAAAGCAGAAUUAACCAAAACUGACAUCCCUGGUUUGAAUUGAUUUCCACUGAUAAUGCUCUGGUUUUUCAUCAAACUUUUACCAAGCAGCCCAAAAUAUAAUAGACCCCUGGGCUAUGUGUGUGUGUGUGUUUGUGUCAUCCUUGUAAGGAGACAGCUUGCUUUCGGCCCGUCCUCUGGAUACGUUAUUGCUCGGUCUCGCUUUCUUGCGAAGGUGCCAAACUUUUUCACAGCUUCCCUCUGACGCUCUCAAACUCAACGCUUUUAACUAUUGAAUUCACGGGAAAACGCACAUUUUCACACACUUUUUUUUCUCUUCAUAUUUCAAACACUUUGACCCACACUCUCUGAAGUGUUUGUCUCGUUCUUCGCCUUUAACUCCCUCUUUUCAUCUCCCUGCCUCACCCCCUGUCGCCUCUCCUCAUUGGUCUUUCUCGCAGAAGCCCUGAGGGCGAGCAGAUAGACAGAGAUGAACCCUUAUUAUUGGGAGUCUUAAUUGUGAAGAUGAGUGAUUUAACAGAGGUUGCCGCCAGCUGUGUCUUGGCUCAGCAGCGAGCACCACGCCUGAGGGGAGAGCAGCGCGCAAACCACUGAACAUCUUCAGAGGCGGCACAGCCACAUAUCCUAAUUGUGACCGAGUCAUUCCCCUCACUCUCUGUCUUCUGAGCUCAGCAGAGAUGAGAUAAGGGUGGGAUGAGGCGAGCGCGUCUCGACGUCUCGGUGUGCUUGUAGCUGUGACUGUUUGAUUUCACUCUGUCUGAACAGUGGCGGCGAGAGCACAGCUUGUUUAAAUUAGUUGUAUAUGUUGUGACAACACGUUGGUUGUGAGGAAGUGUGUGACUGGUUGAAUCAGUGUGACAGGAGUGAUACAGACAAAGUCAGAGGAAAUUGUCUUUGCCUUGUGUCUCAAAAGCAGCAGCAGGUGGUAGCAGCAGCAGUGUUCAUACACAGCGAUAUAAUUUUCUUUUCAUUUCUUUUCACCCCAAAAAACCAAACAUUAUAACAAAUAAAAACUGUCAAGGUGAGAAGAAAAGAACUGAAAGGGGAUUAAAGAAGUCAGACCUAAUAUCCAAAUAAGAAAUGAGACAGAGCAACAAAAAAGAGCUAAUUAGACCUCCUCAAAGUUAAUAACAAGAACCUACGAGGCGUAUAAACGAACAAGUCUGCCUGUCAGACUUUAAGUUCUUGACACUGAAUUUUGCAGCUGAUUUGACGACUGUGGCUAGAAGAUUUUACCAGCUCUAGCUAGCUAGCUAAUUACGCUGCUAAAGUUUCCUGCUGACUGGUUUUAAAAUCAAAAGCCAUGUUAAAGUGUCGUAAAGGUCCAGUGUGUAAGAUUUUGGGGGAUAUAUCGGCAGGAAUGUGAUAUAAUUAUAUGAUGAGAAUGUUUUCAUUAGUGUAUGAUCACCUGAAAAUAAGAAUCAGUGUGCUAUCGUUACCUUAAGCCCCAUUUCCACACAGUUCAGUUCAGUUCGCUUUUUUCCUGUUUCCACUGUGAAAAGUUGUGGAUGGUAUCAAUAGAACCGUUCCGUACCGUCCCCAUGUUUGGUCCCCCCUCUGUUGGGGUACCCAGCACACAGAUCUGGUACUAAAAGGUGGAGCUGUGAACACUGCAGUCUGUUGAUUGGUCAGUAGAGGGCGGUCACUCUGCUCAGAGUUGUGUCUGGUUUUGAGGCUCAUGUAACCACUGUUCAUACCGUGGAGAGUUUUAUUAGUAAACUGUUACUAUAAAAUGAAAAGAUGUUUUGCUGCCUCUCACAGCAGCUGGAGUCUGAGAAAAAAUAAUUUCAUUCACUGGGCCGACUGCCGUCAACUUUUAAGGUGGAACGUUAACUUGUUAUGUUAUUGGAUGCAUGAGGUGACGACGUGAAUCCAUCAGCACACCUUAAAUUUCAACUUUGACCAUUCCAUUAGUUUUUAUCGUCUCUCUUGAAUGACAUAGAGUUUUAGCAAUGAGUGGAUCUUUCAACCAGAUUAUGUGAACUGCAUAUAUUCUAAUCCUCACUCAGAAAAAAAAAAAAGUGUCACAGAGCGUCAUUCCUGUGGGCUACAGCAACACUAAACCCCUGAGCUUGCCUGGAAAGGACUAAAUGCACAAAGCUGCAAUUUUUAAAUAACCCAUGGAGAGAGACUCUCACUGCAGCCUGUUUUAUUUUGUUCUGAAAAUGUUGGCAUGCAGCCUCAUUCUGUGGACGAUAAACGAGGUGCAGACUGAUAAAGGAGGAAAUACAGUGAGUGCUGGACGGAGCAGUGACUGACAACAACCCCGCCCACAUUUAAGAGUCCUGUUUGCAGUGGAAACGCUAGGGUCUAGGUACCAUGUCUGAAGGGUUACUUUUGGUUCCAAAGGUACCAUACUGAAAGUAUUUGGUUGAAACAGGGCUUAUGUUUCAUUAGCCUACAAAAAGAAUGUUUUUUAAGAUGAGGACUAUUGUGUUUCGCAAACAUAACGUUUGGAGUUGCUGGAGUGUAGCCUAUCGCAGUGGAUGCUCAAGUCGGGAACUGCCUCUUUUUUUUUUGUUACAUAACCUUUGAUCCCUCAAAAUAAUGUGGCAUGGCAGGAAUGCGAGGUUACUACUGAGCUAGUUAGCCAAAUACGCUAACAAAUGCAUCUCAUGUCCGAGCAGACAACCAGGCUCCAUCCAUCCCUUUGUGUUCCAUAUAUAUUGUCAAGAGAUGUAAGCGACAGAUGAACAGUUCUCUUUGUACAUGUGUGGACUGUUUGCAAACCGUGUGAAAGAUAACUGAGAGUCUCUGUUCCCUUCAUGUACUGUAACAACUGUCCGUGACUGUAAACCUGAGGCAUUUCGACACAGCGCUCGUCCGCAAUGACAACCUGAUAAGAGCAGUAGAGGCUGUUGUCCUCAGUCACACACAGACAGACUAUUGAUUUCACGAUUAGGCCGUCUGUCCUGGCCUCCUAUUAAGUCUGUCGAUGGCAUCGACGGCGCAAUAGCAUCGACUGACCGCUGGAUGUUUUCGAAAUGACACAGAAAGCAGACUGUCAUAGCUCACUGCUGCCUCUGCAUAAUUUGCAUCAUUAUCUUCUGCUCAUUAGACUUUUCAACACUCCUUUCCACUUGUGGUCUGCUGCAUCACUUCUUCACUGCUCGGUAUAUAAUGCACAGGAACACCCCCGGUGGUGUUUGUACGACAUGGCGUCUCUGUCUGAUAAUGAGUUGAGACAAUUUAUCAUCGUUGACAAAACCAGCUGCAUUCUGUUGGGAUGCAUGAAUGGGGAGAUGUUAGAGUGAGAGAAUGAGAAAUGAAAGAGACAAACGCAGAGCAGGAAUCAAUGACAAACACUUCUCCUCUGUGAUGUAAAUACUCUGAGGUUUUUCUCUUUUCUUUUUUAAAAAAAAAUCCAUUUAGACUCUGGGUGUGUUUGUUGCUUAGCCUCUCUGGACCAUAUUCACACAGCCUCAGUGGAUCCAAAGCCCAUCUCCCCCUCUCGCAAUUUCUCACUUCUGCUCACACACACACACACACACACACACUGCUGCUGCUUUAAACUGCUGCAUCACAAAACCAGAGACGCUCUGGUCUGCAGGUGAGCCAGAAGCGAGGUGAUACUUUUACCCUGCAGUAAAAAAAAAAACACAUCACUUCUUUGGCUCUGUUCCCUGCACAACACUUCAGUCUGCAGCUAACUGUGUGUUCACGUCGACUGUGAACACACAGACAACAUGACUGCGACUGAGCCCGCCUGUGACAGCUGUGUGAGUGUGGUCCAUGAGUAUUUAUCCAUAUUUAUUGAUGUAUGUUCUUAUGAAUUCCGGUCCUGUCAUUGUAUUAUAUUCUUUACAAGACAAAUGAUCAUUAAAGGAAACCCUUGUUUGGAUCCG